AUGCCCGUCGCAAGCCUCUUCGAGCUGGCUCGACAGCGCCUGAUUAAGAACAUCGAUAUGCUCCGCGAUGUUGGCGAUCUACCCUACUCCUUCCUGCAACCAGUCCUCCGAUUCGUACAAAGCCCAGACCAGCUCCUCGAGCUCGAGGCAAACUGCCCACAGUUACUCGGAGAGACGGGCGAGAUUUGGCUUCGCUUCAUCAAGCGCGACAUUCCGGACUGGGAGAAGAAGCCACACGAGCCACGCGAUCCUCGAAAUUGGAGCAAAGUUUACCGCAAAUUGAAGAAAGAUGCAGAACUAGAGAAGGAGGCCGACAAAGAGGCCCUCAAGCAGCAGAUGCAGGCACUGCAGAAAGAUCGCGCACAGAACAAGACCCUGAUUGUGGAAACCAGAUUCGGGUACGGUGCUGGCGCUAGUAAGAUGUUUACUGGACGGACUACUAGCAGCUGGGGCCAGCCCUCGGGUGCACCUGCGAAGACUGGCAAAGCCGCCUUCGAUAAGCUGAAGCGUGGCAUGUUCGAUCACGGUCGCGAACGCCCGAAGGCUAGCCACAUACCACAACAUCUUCUAGAGCAGAGGAAGACCACCGUUAGGCAGGCACCGGCAAGGAUGGUUAGAAUGGCGGAAAACGAGGCUCCACGAAGCAUGGUCGUGUCCAGACAAGCUUCGGCAUCUGUUAACAACAAAUCCGAAUCUCGCCCAACGCCAUCGCUAUCCGCAAACCGCCCGAACAUUACACAAAGGCCAGCACCACAACAGCGCAAUCCUCCACCACCCACGCGGACGUCGUUACCGCCCGGAAUGUCGUUCAGCGCACCCAAGCCAAGAGCGCCAAAUGGGCAGUCAGCGCCUGACCCGACUCUGAAGAGGAAAAGGCCAGAAUAUAACAUGUUUCACACAAAGAAGAAGAAGAUUUAA